AUGGCUAAAAGUACUGCGAGUGCUGCUGUGAAGUAUUAUCUACUCUUUUAUAAUCUCACUUUAGCUAUUCUUUGGCUCCAAGUGCUCGUGGAAACGAUUAAAACUCGACAUUUUGCAAACGUGUACGAGAAAACGUCCCCAAUCUUAAUGAUAGCACAAACGGCGGCGGUGAUGGAAAUCGCGCACGCGUUUUUCGGCCUCGUGAAAUCACCGGUUCUGUUGACGUUUUUUCAGGUGUUUUCGAGAAUUUGGACGUUUUGGGCGGUGCUCGUGAUGACGCCGGAAACGAGGAAAGCGAAUCUGGAUUUCGCAGCUGUGAUUGGGAAAGUGGUGAAGGGUGGGAAGUGGCCUCUGAAUUCGUCGUCGUCGUUCCUCUCGCAUGUUUUGAAGAUGGGCGUGAACGUGAAAACUUUAUGCAUCGCCUGGGGUAUCACCGAGGUUGUUCGAUACUCGUUUUAUUUCUUCAAACUUCUAUCGCCGAAAAGUGGACCUCCGAAAGUUUUGGUGUGGUUGCGGUAUUCGCUGUUUUUGGUCUUGUACCCGCUCGGCGUGGCGAGUGAGAAUGCGUUGGCCUACGCGAGCAUAGGGCCGUUGGGGAAAUCGAAGAAGUUGGACGUGUUGCAAAUGCCGAACGCGAUGAAUGUCAGUUUGCACGGACCGACGUUGAUGAAGGUGUUUAUGAGUUGUUACAUGUGGGGUUGGCCGUUGUUGUUUUCGUACAUGUUGAAGCAAAGAGGGAAGGUGUUAGGCGGCGCUGCUUCUCUGAGGAAGAGAAAGACGCGUUAA